AUGCCUAGUGGCGUCUGGUCUCUCAGAAACCUCUCAAUUUCUGUCCCGCGCGCGGUCUACUCUGGAGAAGGUCAAUCGGCGCUCCUCCAAUGCUCUUAUGACUUGGAGGGGGCGCCACUGUACUCUAUAAGGUGGUACCGCGCCGAAACAGAGUUCUACAGAUAUGUGCCAAGAGAAAUGCCACCUACUAUGGUCUUCCCGCUGCCGGGAGCUUCGGUUGAUCUGGACCAAUCAGAUCGCAACCAAGUCCGCAUCGUGAACAUGAACCGGCAUCUCAGCGGGGACUACCAGUGCGAAGUGUCCGCUGACGCGCCGCUGUUCCACACUGACAUUCGAUCGGCACCAUUAACAGUUGUUGAUCCCCCGUUCAGAGCGCCUCAGAUCUUCAUUUCUGAAGACGUGUACUCUCGAGGUGAUGUGCUGAGAGCGAACUGCUCUGUGGACGAGUCCUACCCAGUGCCGAACAUCACGUGGAUAAUCGACGAUCAUAAGAUAGCAGAAACUGUGUCCUGGACUACAGAAGUGGACUUCAAAGAGCGGACUGCCUUCAGCCAGAUUGCUAUCUCCAUUGAGGAUACUGAACCUUACAGGAUGGGCAUUACCUACACCAGCUCCAGCCUCAACAGAGUCUACCACAACCCUUACUAUGAUGAGAAGAAAGAUGACCAUGAUAUUAUUCAGUAUACCCUGGUGCCCCCCCCGACGGGCCAGUUCACUCUGUCGUGCGUGGCGACCAUAUACGACUUGUACAGUCGCAAAAGCGAACCAGUCUACAUCAGGAUGGCUGACGCUCCGUAUCCUGCCCCCAGGUCGAGGUCCGUCACCGGAGAGGAUUCAUCAGCGGCGUGUGUGUCCAGCACAGCGUUCCUGCUGCUCUCCUGCCUGGCCCUCGCGUUAUGA